UUUGAACCGUAGUUUUUCAGAGCGCGCAUUACGGAGACGUUUCGCUUAUGAUCUGGCAAUAAAGAUGGAUCGGAAGGCAGCAAAUUUCGUUCACUCACAAGCUGUUUCUAGAGACUACAUAUCACAGCCUCGUAUAACUUACAAAACCGUCUCAGGAGUAAAUGGACCUCUUGUCAUACUUGAUGACGUAAAGUUUCCUAAAUUUGAUGAGAUUGUGAGACUAACUCUUGCUGAUGGCAGUCAGCGAACGGGACAAGUUUUAGAAGUUUGCGGCAAAAGGGCCAUAGUUCAGGUAUUCGAGGGUACUAGCGGUAUUGAUGCAAAGAACACUGUAUGUGAAUUUACAGGAGAUAUCCUUCGUACACCUGUGUCAGAAGAUAUGUUAGGUCGUAUAUUCAAUGGUUCUGGAAAACCGAAAGACAAAGGUCCAGCAAUCCUUGCAGAAGAUUACCUUGACAUUCAGGGUCAACCAAUAAAUCCAUGGUCACGCAUUUAUCCAGAAGAAAUGAUCCAAACUGGCAUAUCAAGUAUCGAUGUGAUGAACUCGAUUGCACGUGGCCAAAAAAUCCCCAUAUUUUCCGCUUCUGGUCUACCUCACGAUGAAAUCGCUGCCCAAAUAUGUCGUCAAGCUGGUCUAGUCAAGUUACCCGGAAAAAGCGUUAUAGAUAGUGAUGUAGACAAUUUCGCGAUCGUAUUCGCAGCAAUGGGUGUUAAUAUGGAGACUGCUCGGUUUUUCAUGCAAGAUUUUAAGGAAAAUGGUUCAAUGGAGAAUGUGUGUCUGUUUCUAAAUUUGGCGAAUGAUCCAACUAUCGAGCGCAUUAUAACACCUCGAAUCGCUCUUACAACAGCCGAAUAUUUGGCUUAUCAAUGUGAAAAGCAUGUGUUGGUUAUCCUUACCGAUAUGAGUUCAUAUGCAGAAGCAUUGCGUGAGGUAUCAGCAGCUCGUGAGGAAGUACCAGGACGUCGUGGUUUCCCGGGUUAUAUGUACACUGACUUGGCUUCAAUUUACGAGCGAGCUGGUCGGGUUGAAGGUCGGUCAGGGUCAAUCACACAGAUUCCAAUUUUAACUAUGCCUAAUGAUGAUAUUACUCACCCUAUUCCUGACUUAACAGGUUAUAUUACAGAGGGUCAAAUUUAUGUUGAUCGUCAAUUACAUAACAGGCAGGUUAGUGGAAAACUGGAGUAUUUCACUUAUUGGGUUGUUAAUUAUUCUUUUACGUGAAUUACUCUUUUUGAGUUUAAUGAGUACAUACUUCAGCAUAGUUAGUUUAUCCAAGUUUUAAUGUCACCAUUUUGGCCAGAUAUUGAAACUGGAACACUCGUUUAAUCCUAGUUACGAGUCAUUUGACUUACAUUUUGGCAUUUGGGGUGUUAGGUACUAGGUUCAAAUUAAAACAUCAGUGCCAGGAUACUGGUAGAUUCACUUGACAAUUAUCUAGUAUAAUGAGACGUGCAUCAUGGAUUCUACUACUAGCCACAAUCUAACCAUACUAAGUUAUGUCAACCCGUGUUAUGACUUAAAUCAUAUCAGUGCGAAAAAUUAAGGAUUAUUUACGUUAUAAGCGUAAAAUCAUAUUGAAAUUCAACACACUAGUCAGUCAACCUGAAGUAUAAUAAUGGUGUUUGGUUCUGUUGUUAUCCAGUGUGGUUGCGAUUCUUAUAACCAAAUCUAUUUUUUCUUAAGAACGAUGAUGCACAUUCACUUUGCUACAUAUACCCAUUUUUAUUUUAUAACCUUAAAAACUCAAUUUAUUCACAUCAAGUUUAUUAAAAAUGUUUCAUGCAAAAUUAAUAUUGUACUAUUUAAGUUUUUAGAACAUUAAUUAUUUAUUGAUAAUAAGAAUUAAUUAAAUUCCAUGCGUUACAUUAACUAGUAAUAAUACAUCAUUAAUAUUCUAUUUUUAUAAAUAACUGAACUUUUGAUGAAUAUAUUGGAUCUUACCUAAGUUAUUUCUUAUGGUCGAGAGUGGGGAGUCUCCCCUCUCAAAACGCUUUCAUAGAACCACGUGUUUAUACCCUCUGCCAAGGAAGUCCUGCUCACUGCCUUCUCUCGGUGGGGUGUUGUAAACGAAAUUGGGAGAACGAGAAGCGAAUAUCUGGCGCUUAAAUUGCAUUGUCGGGUACGAAGUGUUCACCCUGAUUCAAAACCAAUGGCGUACAAACCUAUUCUUGGUCACUAGCUGCUAUAAGACUACAUCUAACGUUGAUUCACUACCUCGUGGAGUAGGUCUGUAAGUCAAAAAUCCGGGGGCGACCCCUUAAAAAAACCAUCAGUUCAGGAACCUGGGUAGUAUCCCAGUCUACACAUACAUUUAGUAAUUUGUGUGGCGCAUAUAUAUCUUGGUGUCUUUUUAGUAGCAAUGUUUGUGUUUUUGAAUGAAUGGUUAAUUUUUUCUGACACUAAAUUACUCAUUGUUUGACUAUUACCAUGUCUCUUUUUGACGGGAAUAUUUCUAUCAUCUGUGUGGAAUGAAAAAUCACAUAGAUCUAUCCUCCAAUCAAUGUGUUACCGUCGUUGUCACGUUUGAUGAAAUCUGCCAUUGGUGUGAAUAUGACUCGUGAAGAUCAUUCUGAUGUGUCCAAUCAAUUGGUAAGUUUUUUGUUUACCUAAAUUUUUAAUCAGUGUGCCUACGGAGGUGAUUAUGGGCUGAGUCGGUUUCUUUAAUUUCCUCUGAAAAAUUCAUGGCUAUCAGUGUUGAAACAGUUACGACCAAUGUUGAUGAGGAGUUUAUGUGGUAGACAAUAACGCUAUUCAGUUGAAUAUUCAUCACAGAAAUUCUAUAAAGGUGAAAUAUCACUUACAGAUAUGCUGGAAAAUCAAAUUGAAGCUAUUGAUAGGUUUUUUUUUAUUCAUUGGUUAAUACCGUAACACGAUAUCUACUCUUUGUAUUCGGAAGGAUUGUUAAUAUUAUAUAGAGCGUUUUCGAUCAUAAUGGGGAUCGUAAUCAAAUGAAUGGUAUCGUCCUAAAACAUCGGCUUCGCGAUGCGUCGCAAAACUCGUCUCAAAGUUUUUGCAUUAAAAACUGGCAGUAACUGUUGACAGAGCAGUGGUUCAUCUGUUACCAUCUUCCGUAACUAUAAAAAAUAACUAUACUUAUAAAAUAUUCAUUGACCCAUCGAGAUUCUUUUCGAAGUUCCUUAGAUCAAACUGCUCAGUGACUUGAGCUGUUCGCGAUUGAAGCCAGUAGCCAUCUUAUUUUAAUUCACUAUUUAAUCCUUUAAAAGACGAAAGACCUUCAAACAAACGUCUCAAAUCAUUGAAUCAUGCGUUCUGUUGAACGCCGUCCAAGGACUUAUGAUUUACAAACAUUUCUUUGCAUCUUGUUGUGAACUGAUCGUCUUUUCAAUUUUUCUUUCAAGCACUCGUCAGGGAUAUCCAACUUAAAGAGGCCUUAUAUUGCAACCUUAACAUAAAAUUGCUCACAUUGCAGGAUUGUCCCUACCUCCACAUAACUUUCUUGUGAGGCUCUCAAUUGUCAACUGUGUCCUAGCUUUCUCAAAAGAAUGUUUGAUUUUAUCUCUUGCAACGUUGCUAGCUUUCACACAGCUUUUGAGGCACAUGAAUUUCUCGACUAUUUUAGAAACUUGAUUCUGAAGGAUAGAUGGGAACACAAGCUCUUCCUUUUGGAUACUGUAAGAAGUUGCAUAGGAGCUGUUGUUCAUCUCUAAUUAUUUAUUCUCUAUUUGAAACCACUCUUGUGGAUGCUAAACUUUCAGAAGCUAUACACAGUGUGAUUGGUCCACACAUAGUACGACUUUUAAUUCCAUAUAGUGAAUUUUUUCAUGAGUAUUAAGUUUCACAACUUUCAUUUAUCUUCAUAUUUGUAGUAUUUACGCAUUAACAACUGCUCCUUCUAUUUCCUCUUUAUUUUUUUUAUUAACAGUAUGCAUGUUACGCAAUAGGAAAGGAUGUCCAAGCAAUGAAAGCUGUUGUUGGUGAAGAAGCAUUAAGCCCAGAGGACUUACUUUAUUUAGAAUUCCUGACAAAGUUUGAGAAGAAUUUCAUUUCUCAAGGUUAGUUCAAUUAUCUAUUCUGUAUUCUGAAUUCACACCUCACAGUUAAUCAUAAUCAACAUGGAGCUUGACAUAAAUGUUCAUCAUAUCACAUCACCAUACGAAAUCAACACAGCAAGAUGAAACUAACGAGAUGAGUGAUAAAUGAGUUAAAAUAUUAUUUGUAUCACUGACAGUGGAAAAGACUAAACCCUGAAUGGUAUAUUGAUUAUGUGAAUCAUUGUUUGAACUUGAACUAAUAGAUUUGAAGUUGUUGGGCACCGAGUUCACCAGAAGCGUUAUUAGGAAAAUUAUACUCGUAGAAAUGUUAGCGAUUGGAAUAAAAAUAGGGAAUUUCGAGUUUUAAUCAUUUCCUUGAAGACGUUCAGAUGAAACUGCAGUGUGAAACAGUGGGAUUAUUUUGAUUUCAGUCGCUGACAUUUUGACAAGUAUAGUUUAUAACUGAAGACUAUGAUUCAACAAGAAGUGAUAUAUUUGAAGGACAAAAAUUUUGACAGAAUAUUUAAUGUGAAGACCAAGAGGGUGAAGAUAAAUGAAAAUUGCACCUGAGCUGUAUCACUCAAUAUCUCUAACUUCUAAUCGUAGUUAUCAUGAGGACUCCAAUCAAAUCAGUUUUCAGCUACAAGCCAUAACUCACAUUCUUACUAGUGAGUUAUUCAGUCGACAACCAGUGUUACUUCGCUUUCAUUAAUGGCCUUUCAUUUGAGUACUCAAGUCGUGUAAUUGCCAACCAGUUGAGCUGUUUUAAGACUCACUGAUUUUUCAUGAUCUGUUGUUUUUGUUUUGUCUAAUUGAAUUAGGUGCUUAUGAAAACCGUAGUGUAUUUGACUCACUAGACGUCGGUUGGGAACUCUUGCGUAUAUUCCCGAAAGAAUUAUUAAAACGAAUUCCGUCAAAAAUAUUGGAGAAAUACUAUCCUCGUUAAUUGUUUAGUUGAUUUACCCUGUUAUCCUCGAUUGUGAGUAUUCCUACCAUGGAAGUUGCGUUAUUUAUUGGUUGAAGUAAACUCGGAAUAACGUAUAUUAUCGUCAGCUUUUGCAUUCCUAUUUAUUUUCUUUCCUAGCAAUUAUCACUCAUAAUUUUCAUUGCCUAUAAUAUGUACAAUGGUGGCAUUAUCCAACCAUCAUCACAAACUACUUACUCAUAAUUAUGAUUUGAUUUUGUUUAAAUGUUCAUUCCAUUUACAAAGUUUCCCACCAUAGUUUUCUAUCACACUGUAUUUUCUCUGUUCUGGAUAUUCAAACACUUCGCUUCUCAUUUUUCCUUUACACAUUUCUACCUACAUUAAAUAUUUCUAUCGUUUGAAUUUUUGAAAUAAACUGGAAGCAUAAUAUAAACACUAGUAGUUGAGGUAUCAUUUAAAUAGGGCUAUGGGUUUCAUUUUUUUAUCUUUCAUUUGAUUUGAUUUUGUGCUCAUAACUUCUAAUUACCGAUAUUGAACAAUUAUAAUGAUAAUAAUAGUAAUAAUAUAUGUUCUUCACCAGUAAUGUCACUUAAAACAUGCAUACGUAGUAGGACUGUAAACAAAGUAAAAAUGAUACUUACUCCGAAUGAUGAGAAAUGUGCCUUGUAGUACACAAUUCUGUUUUCCAAAUAGUUGAUAAUUUACGGAUGUUUGAAUACUAGUGUACACUGACCACACACACAUUGCUUUAAUUGUAUUGUGAAAGCUUUUUUUCACAGAAAGAGAGCGAACAAGUAUUUCGCAGUGAGAUAUGCAGUUUCGAAGACAAAAGCAUAUAAUCAGUUAUAGAAACUGUAAAAUUGGAAAUAAAACAUCAUUUCGACAAACAGACGAAGAGUUAAAGAGUGGAGGAAGCAAACCAGCCCACUGAAAAUAUUGCUCUUUACAAGCGCUAGUAAAACUCAGACUGGAUGAUACGUAGUGAGACCAAGAAACAUUGGAUAAAAUGAUACGUACAUAGAUACAUAAAGCACACAUUAGAUACAAAAAGUAGGAUUACAAAGACUGAGUUAUGAGAUAUAUGUGAAUGUACUGUAAUUAUUAUUGGUAGUAAAAGUAUUAGUACCAGUAGUAACAUUUGUCAUCGUUAUAUGAAAUGAAUCACGACUGGAAAGCAAUACAAUGACAUUUGACCAACAGUUUUAACACGAAUAACAAUUCCUUGUUUGAAUUUUUAAAGUUUUCGUCACAACCUAACAUUAGAUGCUUAGCAAAAAUGUAUUUCCAAACGACAUUCGACUGAUUCGUUCGUAUACUUCAUUGCUACUCUUUGUCUUUAAAGUUCCUUCUUUAUGUGUUCACAAACCAAUUACUAACGUUGAAGUGUUGUGUGACAGAUAUUCAGUCGAUUCGCUAAGUCGUACUAAAAGAGUCGUUCAUAAGUAGGAUUCACUGUGGACAACACUCAAACCUUAGUCAUUCUCGUUGAGAUUUAAUUGUGUGAACGUAAGCCCCAGAAAUGUUUACGUUUCACUUACGUUAAAACUACCCAAUGUAUGUUAUGGCUUACUAUCCCAUGGAUUACAUUGAUUCAUUUAUCACUGAGAAAUUUUGUCUGUAUUCUUUUACAUCGAUUUUAUUCAAUAAUAUAACAUAAUCAACUUGAAUAAAUUAUCCUCUUGUAAAUACUUACUUAUCGAUGUUGUGAGCAGAACGUUUCAUUUUAUAAUUGUGUAUCGAAUUGUAAUUAAAAGAAUAUAGAUUUUAUUUUGUAUGUAUGUUUUUGUUUUCGAAAUAGUUCAAUAAACAUGAAUUCGACCAUUUUAA